AUGACCGGUCUCUUCGCAUGUAUACACCCCAACAGCCCGACUGUCCAUGAGGUGGAACGAAAGCUGGACAGAAACGAGGCGCCACUGCACCCACCCCAAUCCCUCCAUAAUUUCUGGGCCCGCAAAAGAGUUCCACAAACGUCCGGCACCUGCAAUUUAGGGCCACGAACUGAUCUGAUCCUGACCUGUCGACAUGACAUCCGACCUCUCAGAUGCGUGGGUACGUGGAGUUCCGGCGAAAUGCAGCCGACGGUAUGCAGGGGACUUGGAGGGGUGUGUAGUCGGGCCGUAAAAAAGAGGGCAAAGUAA